UAUCACCUCAGGGAGCCACGUGAAUGGCAAUGGUGCUGUUGUGUUUUUUAAGUUUACACUACUGAAUGUAACGCCCAUGGAUGUAAAAGUGUUUUUGCACUCUUUCUUCCUUUGUACCUUUUCUAUUACGAAUAAAGUCUUCAUUUUAAAAAAAAGACUGCAAAUGCCGGAAUCUGGAGCAGUAAACAAUUUGACCCGCUGAGUUCCGGCAGCAGAUCGUUUUGUUGCUCUUUCCAAUGGAAGGCGGGUCUUUUGUUUCAAAGCUUAUGCAACUGGCCAGGCUUUUCCCUGCAGCAGUAAUGUGGUGCACUGAUAGCGUGUGACUCUAGCGAGUAAGGAAACAGCCUGGGGUUUGGGUAGGUGGCGUCGGGUGUCCAACCCCCUGACGCCAGGUGAUUGCUGCUGCUGAACAUGCGGUGAUUGACAGCUCAGCAGUUUCCAAGGGCGCUCUUAUUGGGACCCAUUCGGUUUGAGAGUCGGAGCUGUGGAACCCGGGCUCGGCAUUGAUCAGGUCAGGUCAACUCAACUCAUGGCUACAGCCACUUCGGCGUCAGUCGGCACCCGUGCGGUGGCUAGAGCCGGCCGCUUCCUCUCUUCCAAACGAGUCUCCUCCUGCGGGCCAGGGCUCCGCCAGCUGAGCGCAGUGAAAGUCGGCCGGCACAGCAAGUUGCGAGGGGCUCCCAUGCAAGAGGUGGAUCGCACCGUGCCGCUGGUCAGUCACCACCAGACCGCCCGCUCCCUGGUCUACAAGGACGUGAGAAUGUUCCUCAAUGAGAUCGGCGCCGAUCCCAGGGAAGCCCGGUACUGGCUCACUCAGUUUCAGAACGCAGGCACCAGCAACAAACUCUUCGCGGUGGUUGAAGUGGAUGAAGAGAUCUUUUGCUCGAAAGGGAUGGUGUCCAGUCUGGCAUUUGGCCUGGCAUUCCUUCAGCGUAUGAACAUGAAACCUGUUGUUGUAAUCGGAUUAUCUUGUCAGUAUGGUGAAGAAACUUUGAAUUCAUUUGCGGAAAUUAAAUCCUUAUUACUCCGGAAUUGCAGGACCCUUACUGAUGCACUACACAGGAAUUCAGCUGUCACCAUGCCCUUUUUUAAUGGUGGGGCCUUGCUACAAGCAGAGAAGCCUUCAUCUCCCAAUAGUUUUGGGAGCGUAGUGUCAUUUGAAGAAGAGUUAUUAAACUGGAGUUUGGAAUCAGGGCACAUUCCUAUCAUCUGCUCCAUGGGAGAGACCUCUGAUGGACAACUGGUGCUUUUAAAUUCCUUGGGUGUCACAGCACAUAUAGCGAAGAUAAUGCAGCCUUUGAAAGUGAUGUUUCUGAACAACUCAGGAGGUAUUCAGGAUAGUAAUCAAAAGUUUCGUCGUUGUCAAAGCGCUGCUUCAAGUGCCAAUGGGCGUUUUCAGCGUCGAACAAUCUCUCUUGGUACCAGCUGUGUGGAGAGCCUACAGGUUGUGGGACAGGUCAAUCUUCCAUCCGACCUAGAUCUUGUAUCAAAUGCAAACUGGAUUAGUGAUAAGGAGGAACAGAAAGCCAAGGUGAUAAUGGAUUUGCUCAACCACAUGCCAUCGGAAUCUUCUGCUGUCAUCACAUCAGCCAACACCAUACUCACAGAACUCUUCAGUCACAGAGGAGCUGGAACUUUAUUCAAAAAUGCAGAACCCAUUCGUAGAUACACCGACCUUGAUGAAAUAGACACAAGCCGUCUAAUAUCGCUGAUAAAUAAAUCAUUUGGGAAAGAUCUAUAUGAGGACUACAUCUCAGUAAUAAAACCCAAGCUACAUUCUGUUUAUUUGUCUGAAGGGUACAGUGCUGCUGCAAUUAUCACCACAGAAUCUGUCCUGAAUGGGAUGCCAUAUCUUGAUAAGUUUGUUGUCAGUACAAGUAAACGCGGCCAAGGGACCAGUCUGAUGUUAUGGGAAUGUAUUCAGCAGGACUUCGAAGCACUUUUUUGGAGGUCGAGGACAACAAACAGAAUCAAUCCUUGGUAUUUCAAGCAAUGUGAUGGAAGCUUUACAACUGGACAAUGGAUAGUAUUUUGGUAUGGCCUAUCAAAUAUGCGUGACUCUUAUGACCUGGUGGACUAUGCAGAAAAUUUACCUGAUUCUUUUAUCAAACCAAAGGAGCCUGUAAAUGAGCAAACCUCUUCUAUGACAGAAAACUAAAUCCCUUCACUUAAUGGAUCUUUUUUGAUCCAUGUCCAAAGUAUCAAUUGUACUCUAAGGUUAGACAUGCUUCGGUUUUGGCAAAGAUUAUUGGUUUGAAUCUCUCCUCCUUUUGUAAAAGCUUACCUUCAAGUGCUGCUAAUGGUAAAAGAGGGAAAAUUUCUACUUAAAUUAACAAAGCAUGAGUGAAUAAAACCAAAGCAAAUGAAACCUCCAGUAAUGUGAUGGUUUUAAAGCUAAUUACACUCAUCUGUUACAGGACUUUGAUCUUUUGUGGUAGGUAGUACAAAGUAAUUAGUAAGCUUUCUUUAAUUGAAACUGAGAUCUGUUAUAACGGGAAAGGAGAGCACAGGGAAGCUUGUGACCAAGUUCAUCAAAAAACCUGACAAUGACUUUCAAUCAGAUUGUCCAGGAAAACAACCAAGCAUCUCUUUAUGAAGAGGAGUCAGAUUGAGUGAAUACAAAGUGUGAUCUAUUAGAAGUCAGUUUGGACAUUUUCACACCCUAUUUUCUGUCCUUGUAUGAGUGGACGGAAGGUUAUAUCAGGAUUGUAGAAUGGAAGAUCCCAGAUGAUGAAAUUUCAUUUGUACUUCUCAAAGGCACAGUUGGCUUUGUUCCAAAAAAAACAGCAUCUGGUUUUGCUGCUACUUCUAAUGUCAAAGAGGAUAGUGGUAGACUGGCAGGUCCUGCCUGCUUGAGGGAAGGGGGAACAGGUGCCAUUCACCAAAAGGAUGCCACCUGGGAGGAAUCACACAAUGAUCAAAAGAAAUGUCCUUCCUCCAAAGGAACAGCUUCUCAUCUAAAUUCUUGUUUUAUAAACAAAAGCUAAAAAUCAUUGUGUUUAUAUAUUCUAAAUGGAAGUGAUCUAGCACUGAGCAUUUAAAACAUCAGUUAACCGAAAGAAAUGCCCUAGAAUAAUUCUAGAUGCAUUAUUCACUUAAACAGUUUGUGCCAGAUUUUUAUUUCAUUGUGGCAACAUUUUUAUUCCAUUUUCAUAGUGAUGGAAAACUUUCACCAGCCCUUCCUAAAAACAUGGUCAUACCAGUUUGUACAUUCUGUAUAGUCUAAACCAAAAAGCAAAUUAUUUUCAAACUGUUGAUUUGUACACCUGCCUUUGUACAGACAAUCCAUUACCAGAGUCGAAACAGUGCCUGUAAGAUGUUAGGAAGAAGACAAGGCGGCUAGACUCAAGGCAAAUUUAAAUCCUUAGAUCCAUCAUUCAUUGUUUUCAUUAUUAGUGUUUUAGCUUUCUGCAAUCCUUUCCAAAGUCUUAAGUUUUGAUUGUGAAAGAGUUAAACAGAGUUUUAAUUGCAGGAAUGAAAAUGCCAAAAGCUUCACUCUUGAUACCUUGUGAUAAUAUUUUGAAUUCUGAACUCUUGAGGGCUGUCAAAUCCUCCACCUUUUGCAACUUUCAUGGUUAUAGACAAGAAUACUAUGCAGAAGAAAAGCAAAUUCUAGUUUUGCUUCAAUUCUCUUCAAUUUUUGGGAGAGUCUUUUUCAUCACAAAGACCACUUCAGUGGAAAUCUUUAAUGUGGGAGAGGGGGAUCUAUAGUUUAGUAAUCUAUUUAUUAAUGAAGAUAUUAAAAUAAUGACAUAGUCCUUAGAGUGGUAAUAGUAGUGACUUGAUUUAUUUAUCAGUGCACUGAUCAUAGAUGGGUAAAUUUAUGAGAAUUUGCUUCCAGUGUGGCGUCGAGUUCUGCUGUAGCUGUUCACCCUAGUAACAGCACAAUUUGUUGAUUCAGUCCAUUAAUACAGCAAAAAUAUGAUUCCGCAUAAACUAUGUCAUUUCCUUCCUAUACAACUAUUCUUUUUUAAAAAAUCCAACAUUAUGCUACUUCAAUAACAUGAAAUGUUGAACUCUUAUUAUUUUUAAAAAGUGAAAAGUAUUUACUGCCACAAUGUUGACUGUAUACUUUGGGCUAUAUCUCACCAACAUGGGGUGGGAAUAUGAAACAAACUGUCAGAGGCAGUGGUAGAGGAGGGUACAAUUACAACAUUUAAAAGACAUUUGGACAGGUUUAGGGAUAGGAAAGGUUUAGGGGGAUAUGGGCUAAAUGCAGGCAAAUGGGCUCAGGAAGACACCUUGGUCAGCAUGGACAAUUUGGGCCAAAAGGCCUGUUUGUGCUGUUUCACUCUGUGAAUCUAAUAUCUAUUUACAAAGGAAUUUAGGAAUUGUAAAAUACUGAGAGUUGAAUUUGCAAUUAUCCUGUUGUUUUAUAACUUGUGGAUUCCUGUGGGUCAUUUUAAUAGAUAACCUGUCACUAUAUUGUAAAAAAUGCAACAAAAUCGAUGGCCAGUUUCUCCAAACUUCAGUUCUUUGUAAAUUGGAUGUAUCUAACCUAAGUUUCUUUUGGAAAGAGACACAAAGGAGAAAUUGUCUAUGGAUGGUCACACUUAACAUGUACAUAAGUCUUGGGUGGGUUGUACUUAGCUCUGUAUAUUCAGUUCUGUUGAAUUUAAUGGAAUUGAAUACAGGAGAAUACAACCAGCCAUCAACACUUCAUUUGCUUAGCAAAGAAGAACUUGAAGCCCCAAGUAACAUUGUUAGCAUAACGGUUUGGGUCAUUCAAUACCACUUGUAAUUGCUCUAACCAUUUGAGAUUUGUAAGCAGUAAAAUUACUGAGCACUACAUCUCUGAUAAUCUGUGGUGCAAUCUAUUUUGUCCUGUAUCAUGAGACACUAAAAUAAACAUAAAAAGGCCAUAAGUCAUGGAAUGGACUGACUUUGUAAAAACAUUUGUGGAGGUAAAAGAUAACAUCACUUAAAUAUUGACAGACAUUAGAGGCACGUGCCAAAUGUCAGAUCAUCUUAAGAAAAUUAAAUUAGCCAAUAUUUAAAUUAUUGCAAAUAUCUAUAAAAUGCAUAUGUGCAUGGUUUUGAGAGAUAUUUUAAUCAACUCCUGGAUUUAUGUUAACUGGACAGUUGUUUAUUUGUAUGCUCCCCUAUCCCUUGUCUAAGCAGAUUUAUUUUGUUGAGCAACGUACAUGAUAUAAUAAGCCCUGAUCAAAUGGUUGAUUUUCAGUCUAAAUUUAAAAUUUCCUCAAUGUAUUUAGUACCCCACAAUAACAUUUAAAUUAUCAAUAUUUAUGAAAUUGGCCAGGGUAAGAUGGUGCUUGUCUGUGAAUCGCUGCUUGGACACUAAGUGUAAUCUACUUUAGUCUCACAGCUCAGUUAAUUAGUACUGUGCUGAGUUAGAUCAUGCUGAGUUAGUUCAUCUUAAUCAGAUGGAAGCAAAGCUACAAUUACCCCCAGUCUAUUGAGGCAAAGAAGGGAGAAGUAGACCUGAAGUCCUGUUGUGAUCACUGUCCUGCUUGUAAAGUGUACAUGAAUAAUAGUCUUUGAUUCCGAUAAUCCCUGUGACUGAACAGCCAUCGUUUGCUGACAGGGACUCAUACGUGAAUAAAGACAACAUUGAUACACCUGGUUGUUUUCCUGUGUUUCUCACCAUGUAUAUUUUUUAUUUACGGAUGUAUGUUAUGGGUUUGAUUUUUGCAUUGUUCUUCACUAUAACUAAGUCUGCCAGUUUUCUUAUUAAAAUAAAAAAACGAAUACAUUUUUUAAUAUCUUGCAUUAUUUAAAAAACAUUCAGAAGAACAAGCACCACUGCC